CCUGACAAAGAUCUUGUCUACCCUCCAAUCACUGACAACAGCAAGAGCCAUGCCCAAAUGGGAUUCAACCACGUCCAGCUGGGCAAAAUGCUAUGUCCCACUAAAUAUUUGGCUGACUACAUCAAGGAUCCACAUGGUGACUACAGGAUGAAGAACAAAUUCAAUAAUGGAUCAUUGAAGGUGACUGCUGCCCUGUGGCCUGCCUUUCUCUAUCCAGGCGAUAUUGCAGGUGAAGACUUCAAUCCGGAAGAUAUAGUUGAAGGGCUUUUCCACAGAUAUCUUUUGGAGCAAGUGACUAAACACAUAUUCACUUCUCCAUCGUCUGCACUAAAGGCUGGCGUCUCCAAUGGCACUUGCGCUUGCAAUGCAAAACUCCAUAGGAUGGCAGAAGUGGAGGCCAAGCAUAUUGCAUAUGCCGCAGUUCAG